AUGAUAAAGCUAACAGGGGAAUUAUCAAAUAGAAUAUGUGCUGAGCAGGCUAUCCCUGAUAUGCCAGCAAUAGUGAAAGAAUUAAUUGAUAAUUCAAUUGAUGCAAAAUGCACCAUUAUUAGAGUUACCCUCACCAAUUGUGGAAUUGGAGGGAUUGAAGUAUAUGAUGACGGGGUCGGAAUUCAUCCUAAUGACUACCAAAAAUUGUGUUUAAAAGGGGCUACGUCGAAGAUUGCUACAAUUGAUGACCUAAAAACUAUAAAAACAAUGGGGUUCAGAGGAGAAGCUCUUGCAUCUAUUUCUAAGCUCUGCAAAAUAGAAAUAAUUACGCGGCAUAAAGAUUUAGAAAUCGGACAUAAACUUAUAUAUGGAGAUGAUGGAAUAAUAGAAAAAAUCACAGAAGAUGCUAGCAGAGCUAUAGGGACCACUGUAAAAGUGACCAAUAUUUUUAACAAUGUUCCUGUUAGACUGAAUGAUCUCAGCAAUAAAUCUAAAAUUUACCUUACUCUCCCCCUUUUAAGCAGGAGGAAAUUCCCUAUUUUAGAAAAAUUAGCCCCUUUUAGCAGUUCAUUUAAAGGAGGGACAGUUAAAAAAAUCAUAGAACUUGUGCAAGCCUAUGCACUUAUAAAUAUUGAUAAAAGAAUUAUGCUUACACAUAUUGAAGGGAGCCGCAGAGAUGAAUUAAUUAAUAGCCUGCCUGCUCAAUCUGUAUUAGAACAAGCUGCUAAUUUAUUUGGAAGAGACAUUAAAAAAUCUAUGAAUGAGUUUUACGGAGAAGUUGAUAAUGUAAAAUAUUAUGGAUAUAUUUCCAAGCCGAAUUGUGCUAUUAAAUUUAAAAAAGAUUUCCAAUAUUGUUAUUUUAAUAAAAGAAUCAUUGGGAUUCCUAUUAAAAUAAAACGAGCUAUAGCAAGUUUGUAUAAGGAUUUUUCAAUGAAAGCUCCAAUUUAUAUUAUUUGUUUUGAAGCUGAAGAAGGGUAUGAUUGCAAUUUGACGCCUGAUAAAACAGAAGUUUAUAUACAGAAUGAGGAGGUUUUAGCUAGAGAAAUCAGAAUUAAGAUCCUUGAUCUUUGCAAAGAAAAUAUUCAAUUCUUGCCUAUAAAAAAAGAAAUUGAGAGUACACAAGAGGAAAAUGUUACGUUUAAUGGAUAUAAAAGAUUUAAAGGUAUAAAUGAGGAUGAAGUAAAUAAGAAGCCAAAACUCUUCGAAGUGCCUAUAGGACCAUUAAGGCCUAUUUCGAAGAGCCAAGCAGUGCCUGCAAAGGUAAUUGAGAUGCCAAAUGAUAUAGAUAUGCAGUUAUAGAACUUUCUCUUCAAUAGCGCGAAAAGAUGUGCAUCCUGGUUUAACUAAAAGGUCUUUGGACAAUGAAAAUCUGCUGUUCCUUCUCCAUAAGAGAGGAAAAUAGUGAAAAUGAAGAAUUCUGUCCGAUCCAGUUUCGAGUACUGGAAGGGAUUGUUUUGUCCUAAAUUAAGAAUACCUGAGUUAUUGUGAGGGUUUUUUUUCUUGCAAAAAUUUUUAAUUUUAAUAGGUUUUGGUUCGUCAAAUGGUUCUGACGAAUUCUGGCAGGCACUUGAAAUCAAAAAAAUAAUUAAUUGCCAUAAUUUUUUAAAUUUUCCGAUGUUAAGGAUGAUCAGAAAUUUUAAUAAAUGGCACAGAAUCAAAAAAACGAAAUUAAAGAAGAGUGAAAGAAAGCAUAUAUGUUCUAGCUAUAAGACGCCCAGAUAUUUGCUAAUAAAAUAAUAAGAAUUCUAAGAAAUAACUUUUAUAUUUCUCAAAUUAAUUUUUCUUAUUUAAAUUUCGCUAUUUGAUGCCAUUGUUUUCUCUUUCUGAAUUUGAACCCAAAUUCAUUUUUAGAGUUUUUUUUGUUCGUUUUAAAGCCGCCAUCUUGAUUUUGUACGCUAUGUAAAAUAAAUUAAAACUCUUAAGUCACCACUUGCGGUUUCAUUCAAAACUUGAUAUCUUAGAACUAAAUUCAGCUAUUUGGCUCCUUUAUUUUCCGCUUACUGGAUUCGAGCACAAAUUCAUUUUUGAACAUUUUUUGUUUGUUUAAGCCGCCAUCUUGAUUUUGUACUGAUAUAAAAAAAUUAAAAACUCUUAAGUCACUAUAUGCGGUUUCAUUGAGAACUUGAUAUUUGAGAACCAAAAUAAGCUUUUUGGUGCCUUUAUUUUCCACAUUCUGGAUUCGAGCACAAGUUCAUUUUAGACAUAUUUGUUCGUUUAAAUUGCCAUCUUGAUUUUGUACCCAUAUAAAAAAAUUAAAACUCUUAAGUCAUCAUAUGCGGUUUCAUUAGAAGAUGAUAUUUGAGAACUAAAUAAGCUAUUUGGUGCCUUUAUUUUCCGCUUUCUGGACUCGAGCACAAAUUCAUUUUUAAAAUUUUUUGUUCGUUUAAGCCGCCAUCUUGAUUUUAUAAGUCAUUAAAAAAUUUAAAACUCUUAAGUCACCAUUUGCGGUUUCAUUCAUAGCAUUAUAUUUGAGAUUUAAAAUAAGCUAUUUGAUGUCUUUAUUUUCCGCUUUCUGGACUCAAUCACAAAUUCAUUUUUUAAAAUUUUUUUGUUCGUUUAAGUCGCCAUCUUGAUUUUGUACGCUAUAUAAAAAAAUUAAAACUCUUAAGUCAUCAUAUGCGGUUUUAUUAGAAGCAUGAUAUUUGAGAACUAAAAUAAGCUAUUUAGUACCUUUAUUUUCCGCUUUCUGGAUUCGAGCACAAAUUCAUUUUUGAACAUUUUUUGUUCGUUUAAACCGCCAUCUUGAUUUUGUACUGAUAUAAAAAAAAUUAAAACUCUUAAGUCACCAUUUGCGGUUUCAUUGAGAACUUGAUAUUUGAGAACCAAAAUAAGCUUUUUGGUGCCUUUAUUUUCCACAUUCUGGACUCGAGCACAAACUUAUUUUUUAAACAUUUUUGUUCGUUUAAGCCGCAAUCUUGAUUUUGUACGCUAUGUAAAAUAAUUAAAACUCUUAAGUCACUACUUGCGGUUUCAUUCAAAACUUGGUAUUUGAGAACUAAAUUCAGCUAUUUGGUGCCUUUAUUUUCCGCUUUCUGGACUCGAGCACAAAUUAAUUUUAAAUAUUUUUUGUUCGUUUAAGCCGCCAUCUUGAUUUUGUAAAUUUUCUGAUCAUCCUUAACAUCAGAAAAUUAAAAAAUUUAUGGCAAUUUUUUAUUAUUUAUUUCAAGUGCUAACCAGAAUUGGCUCGUCAAAAACUAUUUGACGAACCAAAAUACAUUAAAAUUAAAAUUUUUUGCAAGAAAUCAAAAUUCCACAAUAACUCAGGUAUUCUUAAUUCAGACCAAAAAAAAUUCCUUCAAGUUCUCGAGACUGGAUCGAGCAGAACUUUUCACUUUUACUAUUUGCCUCUCUUAUGGAGAAGGAAAAGCAGAUUUUCAUGGUCCAAAGACCUUUUAGUCAAACUAAGAUGCACGCCUUAUCGCGCUAUUGAAGAGAAAGUUCUAUAGCAGCUUCUAGAGGCCAAGUUGAGCCAAUAAAAAUUCAUAAUGAGCAAAUAGAUCAUGAAAUUCCAAAAGAGAAAAUUCAAGCCAUACUAAAACCAAUAAAUUCAAAACCAAAAGCAGUCACAAUUGAUUGGAAUUUUUCAAAAAUUACUUGAGAAAUACCAAAAUUGAAAGAAGCACCUAUGAAUAUUCCAGACAUUUUUAAUGAAAUCUCAGCAAAAUCAGAUAUCAGUGUGCCUAGCUUAUCUUCAGAAUUCCAUAAGUCAACGUUUACUAAGCUUGAAAUUCUUGGACAAUUUAAUAAAGGAUUUAUUAUGGCUCAGCUUCCCUCUACAAAUGAUUUAUUUAUCAUAGACCAACACGCUGCUGAUGAAAAAUACCAAUUUGAGACGCUCCAACUGUCAACUUCUAUAGAUAUCCAGCCAUUUGUGAUCCCAAAACCUCUCAAGUUGAGCCCAAGUGAUGAAGUCUGGCUUCUUGAUUAUCUACAAAUACUAGCAUCCCCUUCUUGAGUGGAAAAAUUUAUGAAAAAAACCCUUUUACGAGUAUCGAAGUUUGAUAUAAUUUUUUUAAAAAAAUAUUUUUUAUAUAAACGUUAAAUACUAUAAUUAAUUUUGGGUAAUGAUUUAAUUUAAAUAGCUUGCAUAAAGUUUUGCUUGCUUACAGAGAGUAAGAAUUAAUGGAUUUUCAUUACAAUAUAAUGAAAAUAAUGAGCCUGGAUCGAGAUUAACUGUUUGCGCUGUUCCUAUUAGUAAAAAUAUAGUUUUUGACACAGACGAUUUAUAUGAAAUGAUAGAAAAGCUUAAAAAAGUUUGCUUUAUACAAGAUGAAGAUUCUAUUUCAAGGCUUAUAAGACCAAAUAAAUAUCGAGCUAUGUUUGCAUCGAGAGCUUGCAGAAAAGCAGUUAUGAUUGGAGAUUCAUUAGAAAUGAGGCAUAUGAAAGAAAUUGUGGCAAACCUUUCAAAAUUAGAGCAGCCGUGAAACUGCCCUCAUGGGAGACCGACAUUAAGACUUUUGAAGAACUUAGAAAACGAGAACUAUAGAUAUAAUGGGAAAAAAUUUAAAAAUAUUAAUUGGAUGAUUUAA